ACCGCCUUCUUAUACGCCCCCGCCCUCCCCAGACCCCAGCCUUCGAUCUCCUUUCCUCCUCCCCUUCACCGUCGUCUCCAUUGGCGCACACACGAGCACACCGUCGCCGUCCGCGUUGGUGAUGGAGUCCUACCUGGGGAAGCGCAAGCUGAAUGGCAAUGGCGCGCCGGGCGCCGAGCGGGAGCCGUCCGUGGCGCCGCCGGCUGGGUUCCAGGCGGUGGUGCUGGGGUACCACGACGCCGGGGAGGAGGCGGCCGCGGAGGCGCGGCGGGUGGUGGGCGAGAUGGACUUCUUCAAGACGGAGAAGAGGAAGGAGGAGGCGGCCGGCCGCUCGCGCUCCGCCGCCGGCGCGCCGGGCGAUCUCAGCAUCAACAAGGACGACCUCACCAUCAACAUGGGCCUGCACGUCGGCAGGAGGAAGAGCGGGAGCGAGGAUUCCAUCGUCGACGACGGCGUGUCCUCCAACGAGGUAGAUCACAGGGAAACCAAAGCUGAGCUGGCAUUGGCCAAAUCCGAGAUUGGGCGCCUGAACGAAGAGAACAAGCAGCUCAAGAACAUGCUUGGCCGGGUGACCACGAGCUACAACUCCCUCCAAGUGCAAGUCCUCACACUGAUGCAGCAAAGGAAUAACCACAGAAGCCUCGGCGCUCCAAGCCAUGAGCUGAACGUUGAUCCGGAGAACAAGGACCAGGACGGGAGCCUGCUCCCGCGGCAGUUCAUCAGCCUCGGCACCGCGGCGUUGCCCGACGAGCCGCCGCUGCGCUCCGCGGGCGGCGAGUGCUCGGCGUCGCCCAGCAACACGGACGCGGCCAUGCCGACGCCGCCGGACUACUUCCCUGGCAAGGGCAACGGUGUCGUGCUCGGUAGCAAGGACGUCAUGCCGCUGCCGACGUUCGAUCACCACCACCGCGCCCAGGAGCGGGAGCAGGGGGGCAGCAGCCCUGAGGACCCGCCGCCGCCGCACCACGUGUCGCAGGGAUGGCUCCCCAGCAAGGUUCCCAAGUUCCUGCCGGCCAAGGGCUCCGAGCCGGUCCCCGAGGCCGCCACCAUGCGGAAGGCCCGCGUCUCCGUCCGAGCCCGCUCCGAGGCAGCCAUGAUCAGUGACGGGUGCCAAUGGAGGAAGUACGGGCAGAAGAUGGCCAAGGGCAAUCCGUGCCCCCGCGCGUACUACCGGUGCACGAUGGCCGCCGGCUGCCCAGUCCGCAAGCAGGUCCAGAGAUGCGCCGAGGACACGACGGUGGUGAUCACGACGUACGAGGGGAGCCACAACCACCCGUUGCCGCCGGCCGCGAUGCCGAUGGCGACGACCACGGCGGCGGCGGCGGCCAUGCUGCUGUCGGGCUCGAUGCCGAGCGCGGACGGCAGCCUGAUGGCGGGGUCCAACUUCCUGGCGCGCGCCGUGCUGCCGUGCUCCUCCAACGUCGCCACCAUCUCCGCGUCGGCGCCGUUCCCAACGGUGACGCUGGACCUCACGCAGCCGGGCCCGGGCGCGCAGUCGCAGCAGCAGCCGCAGCAACCGGCGCGCCCGGACCCCGCGCAGCUCCAGGCCGCGCUCGCUGAGGCCGCGCGGCCGGUGGCGCUGCCGCAGUUGUUCGGGCAGAAGCUGUACGACCCCUCCAAGCACUCCGCCGUGCAGGCCGCGGCGGCGCCGGACGCCGGCGACACCGUCAGCGCGGCGGCCGUGAUCGCGUCGGACCCCAACUUCCCCGCGGUGCUCGCGGCCGCGAUCAAGUCGUACAUAGGCGGUAGCAGCGGCGGCGGCGGAGGCGGCGCCGGCGGGAGCAGCGGGACCGUGCCACCACCGCCGGCUAGCGGCGGCGGCGACAGUAGUAGAGACGACAAGAUAGGGGAGUAGGACAGCUGACGCGAUCGCCUAGAGAUCGACUGUUUACUUGCUUGCUUGAAGUUUUGUUCCUUACGUUAGUUUCGUUCAGAAGUUUCAUAGUUGAGUUUCCUUCGUCUCCUCGCGGCACAGGAGAUCAAAAUUUUGCUUUGUUUUUCUACUCCUUUCGGUCGAUUUUUAUGGCAGGAACUGGAGUACAAUUUUGCGCUUGCUAGAUUA